GCCGCGGGGUGGGCGCCGGGCAGGGGCGCGCGCGCGGGCUGGGGGCGGGGAGCCCGCGGCCCGGCCUGGGGGUGCAGGGAGCGCGGCCCGCGCCCCGCGUCGGUGCCGCCGGGGCCAGGUGCGAAAGUGGGUGCUACCUCUUUAAAAGCGUCCGGGGCCGAGCCCGGCCGCACCAUGUGAUUGCCUGAAAGGCCGGGCCGGGAGCGCUGCGGCGGGAGCCCGGGGACCAUGAGCCGCGCGCUGCCCGGAGCCCAGCCCUGCCCGGCGCGGCCGCGCAGCCCAGGGCGCCGCCAGGUGCCCCGAACUCCGGGCCCCGCCUCUGGGACCCUCUGGCGGCCAGCAGGCAGCACGGUGCCUGCCUCGUGCCCCUCGGUGCCCGCCUGCUGAUGUGCCCAGCCCGUGCCCGCCAUGCCGCCCUCCAUUUCGGCCUUCCAGGCCGCCUACAUCGGCAUCGAGGUGCUCAUCGCCCUGGUCUCGGUGCCCGGGAACGUGCUGGUGAUCUGGGCGGUGAAGGUGAACCAGGCGCUGCGGGAUGCCACCUUCUGCUUCAUCGUGUCGCUGGCGGUGGCUGACGUGGCUGUGGGCGCUCUGGUCAUCCCGCUGGCCAUCCUCAUCAACGUCGGGCCCCAGACAUACUUCCACACCUGUCUCAUGUUCGCCUGCCCGGUCCUCAUCCUUACCCAGAGCUCCAUCCUGGCCCUGCUGGCCAUUGCCGUGGACCGCUACCUCCGGGUCAAGAUCCCGCUCAGGUACAAGACCGUGGUGACUCCGCGGCGGGCGGCCGUGGCCAUCGCGGGCUGCUGGAUCCUGUCCUUCAUGGUGGGCCUGACGCCCAUGUUCGGCUGGAACAACCUGCGGGAGGUGGAGCGGGCCUGGGCGGCCAACGGCAGCCAGGGCGAGCCGGUGAUCAAGUGCGAGUUCGAGAAGGUCAUCAGCAUGGAGUACAUGGUCUACUUCAACUUCUUCGUCUGGGUGCUGCCCCCGCUGCUGCUCAUGGUCCUCAUCUACCUGGAGGUCUUCUACCUGAUCCGCAAGCAGCUGAGCAAGAAGCUGGCUGCCCCUGCACAUCCUGAACUGCAUCACCCUCUUCUGCCCGACCUGCCACAAGCCCCCCACCCUCAUCUACAUCGCCAUCUUCCUCACGCACGGCAACUCCGCCAUGAACCCCAUCGUCUACGCCUUCCGCAUCCAGAAGUUCCGGGUCACCUUCCUGAAGAUCUGGAACGACCACUUCCGCUGCCGGCCCGCCCCGCCCGUGGACGAGGACCCCGAGGAGAGGCCGGACGACUAGCCCCCACCUCCCUGCCCCAGCCGCCCGCAUGCGGGCCUCUCGGCCCCGUCCACCCGUCCCCCCUGUCCGGCCGCUGCCCCCUCCCCGAGUCUCCCUGGCCGGGCGGCGGGCACCUGCCCACUUUGGUCCUGGCAGUGGGUCGUCCGUGGGGAAGGAGCGUGGUCACUGGAGGAAGGAGCCCGUGGCCGGGGCCCCUCCUCCACCUGUCCGAGCGCCCAGAACCAGGCUGUCGAGGGCCCUGGGGACUGGCAGGAUGAGCCCAGGCCUCGCCGUGGUUCGGUGGUGACCGGUGAGAGGUGGACACGCAGCCCCAGGACAGGGGCCCC